AUGUAAAAGUACAUUAAAGACGAAAAAUACCUUCAUCAAUUUAAGACAAAAAGUAACACCUAAUCAAGGACCAGUUUUCUUGAAGAUUGUUAAAGAGAGAGAAUUGCAAUUUAAUAAUGA